UUGGAGUGGGAAUAUUUGCCCAAAAUGUUGACUUAUUUAUUUAUUUAUUUUCCCAGGAAAAGAGGCUCUGUGGUCUCUUGCAGACUUUCCAGCAGGGGUUAAUUCCACAGAAAUCAGUGCCUUGGGGCAGUAUCUGUUUUGCCAGCCACCUGUCACCUGGUUCCUUCCAGGGCACACGAUGUCUCUGCCCUUUUAUCAGAAGCUCCAUCAGCACUAUGACAGCAGCUACCGAAACAGGGACCUUCGCAGCACCAUGAGCCAGUACCAACAGGAGAAAAAAAGUUCUGCCAUCUACACCCAUGGCUCCACGGCCUACAGCAGCCGCUCCGCCACCGCGCACCGCCAGGAAUCCAAGGCCUUCAGCCAGGCGUCCAUGGGCUCCUACCAGCAGCAGGCCUCCCGGGCGACUGAAUCUACCCAUGCAUUCGCAGCCAGUCGGAAGACAGCCUCGGCCUAUGAUUAUGGCUACUCCCACGGACUUACAGAUUCCAGUCUGAUGUUAGAAGAUUAUUCAUCGAAGUUGAGCCCCCAAGCAAAGAGAGCGAAGAAGAGCCUUCUCUCUGGGGAGGAGAAGGAAAAUCUGCCAAGUGACUAUAUAGUGCCCAUUUUCUCAGGACGCCAAGUGCAUGUCAGUGGAAUUACAGAUACAGAAGAAGAAAGAAUUAAAGAAGCUGCUGCUUAUAUAGCCCAGAGGAAUCUUCUUGCUAGUGAAGAAGGAAUCACGGCAUCCAAACAGUCCGCUGUAUCCAAACAGUCAGCUAUAUCCAAACAGUCUGCUUUAUCCAAACAGUCCGCUGUAUCCAAACAGUCCUCAGUAUCCAAACAGUCCGCUGUAUCCAAACAGUCCGCUGUAUCCAAACAGUCUACAUCCACUCUUCACCAGGAGGAAGCUUUUGAGAAGAAGUCAAGGAAAGUAACAAUUCGAGAGAAGGCAGAACGCCUGUCGCUGACAAAAACAUUAGAAGAAACUGAGGCAUUUCACAGAAAGUUGAAUGAAGAUCAUCUUCUCCAUGCUCCUGAAUUUGUCAUUAAACCUCGUUCCCACACUGUUUGGGAGAAAGAAAACGUAAAAUUACAUUGUUCUGUAUCGGGCUGGCCAGAACCUCGUGUCACAUGGUAUAAAAACCAGGUGCCAAUCAAUGUCCAUGCAAACCCUGGAAAAUAUAUUAUUGAGAGUCGAUAUGGAAUGCACACUCUGGAGAUCAAUGCAUGUGAUUUUGAAGACACUGCUCAGUACCGGGCCUCUGCGAUGAACGUUAAAGGAGAGCUUUCAGCAUAUGCUUCAGUCGUGGUAAAGAGAUAUAAGGGAGAGUUUGAUGAGACUCGCUUCCAUGCUGGGGUUUCCACCCUGCCCCUCAGCUUUGGCGUGACACCUUAUGGUUAUGCAUCCAAGUUUGAGAUCCACUUUGAUGACAAAUUUGAUGUGUCUUUUGGAAGAGAGGGAGAGACAAUGAGUCUAGGCUGCCGUGUAGUUAUCACUCCUGAAAUUAAGCAUUUCCAGCCAGAGAUCCAGUGGUACCGAAAUGGAGCACCUGUUUCUUCAUCCAAAUGGGUUCAAACACUUUGGAGCGGAGAUCGAGCAACACUGACAUUUUCUCAUCUCAACAAAGAAGAUGAAGGCCUUUACACAAUCCGUGUACGAAUGGGAGAAUAUUAUGAACAAUAUAGUGCUUAUGUCUUUGUUCGAGACGCUGAUCCAGAGAUUGAAGGAGCUCCAGCCUCUGCCUUGGACGUGGUGUGCUUGGAUGCCAACAAAGAUUACAUCAUCGUCUCUUGGAAACAGCCAGCUGUGGAUGGAGGGAGUCCUAUUCUGGGAUAUUUUAUUGAUAAGUGUGAGGUGGGUACAGAUAGCUGGUCUCAAUGCAAUGAUACACCUGUGAAGUUUGCUCGUUUUCCAGUUACUGGGUUGAUAGAAGGUCGUUCUUACAUAUUCCGAGUUCGAGCUGUGAAUAAAAAUGGAAUAGGUCUACCAUCUAGAGUUUCUGAGCCUGUGGCUGCUCUGGAUCCAGCUGAGAAAGCUAGACUUAAAAGUCGCCCUUCAGCACCCUGGACUGGGCAGAUCAUUGUCACUGAAGAGGAACCUACAGAGGGUAUUGUUCCCGGGCCCCCCACAGACCUCUCAGUCACAGAGGCUACCCGGAGCUAUGUGGUGCUAAGUUGGAAGCCUCCUGGCCAGCGUGGCCAUGAGGGCAUUCUGUACUUUGUGGAAAAGUGUGAUGCAGGAACAGAAAACUGGCAGCGGGUGAACACAGAGCUCCCCGUGAAGUCUCCCCGCUUUGCUCUGUUCGACCUGGCUGAAGGGAAAUCCUACCGUUUCCGCGUCCGCUGUUCUAACUCAGCAGGAAUUGGUGAGCCCUCAGAGGCAACGGAAGUGACCGUGGUAGGGGACAAACUUGAUAUCCCCAAGCCCCCAGGCAAAAUCAUCCCAAGCAGAAAUACAGACACAUCAGUGAUAGUUUCAUGGGAGGAAUCCAAAGAUGCUAAAGAGCUGGUCGGGUACUACAUAGAGUCCAGUGUUGUUGGCUCUGGCAAGUGGGAGCCCUGCAACAACAACCCUGUGAAGGGUCCACGAUUUACUUGCCAUGGAUUGGCAACUGGUCAGAGUUAUAUCUUCCGGGUCAGAGCAGUGAAUGCAGCUGGACUUAGUGAAUAUUCCCAGGAUUCAGAAGUGAUUGAAGUAAAAGCUGCUAUUGGGGGAGGAGUGUCUUCAGAUGUGUGGCCUGAAAUGAAUGAUACACCUGGUGGACUAACAGACUCCAGGGGAGGCAUGCAUGAAGCCUCCCAGCCAACCUUAAAGAAAGAUGCUUUGCUUGGUAGCAAACUUAACAAACCUUCACUACCCAGUAGCGCUCACAACCUGGGCCAAACAGAAGUGAGUAAAGUAAGUGAAACAGUUCAGGAAGAGCUUACCCCAUUACCACGGAAGGCAGAUGUUAAGGGGAAAAGUAAGUCUGACCCUCUGAAAAAGAAGAAGGACAUAGCGGCACCAUCUCCUCCCUGUGAUAUCACUUGUCUUGAAAGUUUUCGUGACUCGAUGGUUCUUGGAUGGAAGCAACCAGAUAAGACUGGAGGGGCUGAAAUUACUGGCUAUUAUGUGAAUUAUCGUGAGGUAAUUGACGGAGUACCAGGAAGAUGGAGAGAAGCCAACAUCAAAGCUGUCAGUGACGAGGCAUAUAAGAUUAGCAACUUGAAGGAAAACAUGGUGUAUCAGUUCCAAGUGGCAGCCAUGAACAUCGCUGGGUUGGGAGAGCCCUCAGCAGUAAGCGAAUGCUUCAAAUGUGAAGAGUGGACCAUUGCUGUUCCAGGACCCCCACACAGUGUCAAAUAUAGUGAAGUCAGGAAAACCUCCCUGGUUCUGCAGUGGAAGCCUCCUAUCCACUCUGGAAGGACUCCGGUCACUGGUUACUUUGUGGACUUGAAGGAGGCCAAGGCCAAGGAUAGCCAAUGGCGAGGACUCAACAAGGCAGCUAUUAAAAACACGUACCUGAGGGUACAAGGCCUCAAGGAGGGCGUCAGCUAUGUGCUCCGUGUCCGAGCCGUCAACCAGGCAGGUGUUGGCAAGCCGUCAGACCUUGCUGGGCCUGUUGUGGCAGAAACCCGUACAGGAACCAAAGAGGUUGUUGUAAAUGUGGAUGAUGAUGGAGUAAUUUCACUGAACUUUGAAUGUGAUCAGAUGGCUCCAAAUUCUCAGUUCAACUGGUCCAAAGAUUAUGUAUCCACUGAGGACUCUCCGCGAUUAGAGGUUGAAAGCAAAGGCAACAAAACGAAAAUGACCUUCAAGGACUUGGGGAUGGAAGACUUGGGCAUUUACUCCUGCGAUGUAACAGACACUGAUGGAAUAGGGUCAAGCUACUUGAUCAAUGAGGAAGAGCUGAAACGUUUACUAGCUCUCAGCCAAGAACACAAGUUCCCAACUGUCCCAAUUAAGUCAGAGUUGGCAGUUGAAAUUUUGGAGAAAGGCCAGGUCCGGUUUUGGAUGCAGGCUGAGAAGCUGUCUGGCAACACCAAAGUCACCUACAUAUUUAAUGACAAGGAGAUUUUUGAAGGACCGAAAUAUAAGAUGCAUAUUGACCGAAACACUGGCGUAAUUGAAAUGUUCAUGGAAAAGCUACAGGACGAGGAUGAGGGAACAUACACUUUCCAGCUUCAAGAUGGGAAAGCAACUGGCCAUUCUACUCUUGUUCUCAUUAGAGAUGUUUAUAAAAAGCUCCAGAAAGAAGCCGAAUUCCAGCGGCAAGAAUGGAUCAGGAAACAAGGUCCUCAUUUUGCUGAGUAUUUGAGCUGGGAAGUGACCGGUGAAUGUAAUGUACUAUUGAAAUGCAAGGUGGCAAAUAUUAAGAAGGAGACUCAUAUUGUGUGGUACAAAGACGAGAGAGAGAUAUCAGUGGAUGAAAAGCAUGACUUUAAGGAUGGUAUAUGUACCCUGCUUAUAACAGAGUUUUCCAAGAAAGAUGCUGGGAUUUAUGAAGUUAUCCUGAAAGACGACAGAGGAAAAGAUAAGAGCAGACUGAAGCUUGUGGAUGAAGCCUUUAAAGAACUGAUGACUGAAGUAUGUAAAACAAUAGCUUUGUCUGCUACAGACUUGAAAAUCCAGAGCACAGCCGAGGGCAUCCGGCUGUACUCUUUUGUUACUUAUUACCUGGAUGAUCUGAAAGUUAACUGGUCCCACAACGGGACUCCUAUUAAGUACUCAGACAGAGUUAAGAGUGGGGUCACCGGGGAACAGAUCUGGCUGCAAAUCAGUGAGCCCACUCCAAAUGACAAAGGGAAAUAUGUGAUGGAGCUCUUUGAUGGCAAAACUGGACACCUGAAGACAGUGGAUCUUUCUGGACAAGCAUAUGAUGAAGCCUUUGCUGAAUUCCAGAGACUAAAACAAGCUGCCAUUGCCGAGAAAAAUCGUGCCCGAGUGUUGGGUGGACUCCCCGAUGUGGUCACCAUCCAGGAAGGGAAGGCGCUUAAUCUCACCUGCAUCGUGUGGGGCGACCCAACUCCAGAGGUUUCCUGGUUAAAGAACGAGAAGCCCCUGGUCCCAGAUGACCACUGUAGCGUCAAGUUCGAGGCUGGCAAGACUGCCUACUUCACCGUCAGUGGGGUGAGCACCGCCGACUCUGGCAAAUACGGGCUGGUUGUGAAGAACAAGUAUGGCUCAGAGAUAAGCGACUUCACUAUCAGUGUAUUCAUCCCAGAGGAGGAGGCAAGGAAGGCCACUGAGCAGCCCCAGAAAGGCAACAAGAAGGCCAAGUGACCAGGAGGCUGCGCGAGGGGAGCUACACUGAGCUGCCUUGUGUUACUUGUGUGUGAAUGGCUUGGGUUAAGUGUAAGGAAGCCUUCCUGCUUUCUACUCCCUAUUUUUGUGCUGGCUCGGGGGAAAAUUGUCACAUCUCUUAUUCAUAUAAAAAAACAUCAACUAA